AUUACCAAGAAAAUCCUAUCUUAUGUCAUUAUAUAAAAUCUGUAUAUAACAUGCUUAUUUGGUCCUUUGGAUGGUUCAACUACUUUGUUCCCUUUUAUGUAUAAUGAAGAAUAGUGUGCAAGUAAAAGCAAUUGUUUAUUGAAUUAUUAAAUAGUGCACACAAAGGACAUAAAACAGCCGUCUGCAUUGAUGAACUCUUCUGAGUUUUAGUCUGGUACCACAUUUACCUCUGCCCUUGAACUCGUUAGUGAUGAAGGGGUAACCGUUCUCCAUAUGAUUGUGUGGAGUAUCACUAAAAAAAAGUUAGGUUCGAAGUACAUGUAGUGGCAAAAAUACGCCGAAAACGAUGCCAAAACAGGGUUUUUUGACGCCUAAGGCAAUCGGCAACAGGAUCAAAUCCAAGGGUCUUCAAAAGUUGCGAUGGUUUUGCCAAAUGUGUCAAAAACAGUGCAGAGACGAGAAUGGCUUCAAGUGUCACACAAUGUCCGAGUCCCACCAGCGUCAGCUUCUGCUGUUUGCUGAAAAUGAAGAGAAAUUCCUGGAUAGCUUUUCAGAGGAGUUCUUUGACAGUUUUAUGGAGCUGCUCCGACGACGGUUUGGCACAAGACGCGUUCACUGUAACGUCAUCUACAAUGAAUACAUCCAGGACAAGGAACAUACUCACAUGAAUGCUACAAAGUGGGAAACGUUGACUGAGUUUGUCAAAUGGCUCGGACGCGAAGGUUUUUGUACUGUGGAUCAAACAGAGAAGGGUUGGUUCAUCACGUACAUCGAUCGAGACCCUGCGACGAUCGCCCGGCAAGAAGCUGUAGCCAAAAAGGAGAAGGUGGAGCUUGACGAUGAGGAGCGUAUACAGAGAUUCAUCCAGCGCCAGGUGGAGAAAGGUGCAGGUGGUGCUAUGGAUCAGGGUACCAGUCAGGAGUUUACCGAGCUACAACGGGAGGAUGACGAGAGCCGAGUCAGUUUCAAUUUAGGCAAGAUGGCCUCUAAAACUGAACCAAAGGACAGCAAGAUGAAGGCUGUGUCAGAUGCUACCUCCAGUAAAAAAUCGCAUUCCAGUUGGGCUAACCCAUUGAAGGAUCAACAGUCAGUCACAAAGAAAGACGGCAACAGUCACGGCAAGAGUGGGAAGAGGAAGUCCGCUCUGGAUGAAAUCAUUGAGGAAGAGGAGCGGAAAAAGAAAGCCAAAGUGACGCGGACGGAAAACUGGCUGACUGAGGGGAUCGUUGUAAAGGUCACCACUAAGAGACUUGGGGAGAAGUACCACAAAAAGAAAGGUGUGAUCAUGGAAGUACGGGAUCUGUUCACAGGAGUUGUUAAGAUGGUGGACACUGGGGCCAAAAUCAAAGUAGACCAGCAACAUGUUGAGACAGUGAUCCCAGCACCAGGUAAGCUGGUGCUUGUAGUGAACGGCCCACACAGAGGACAAAAAGGUUCUCUGCUCUCCCUGGAAGACCAAUCCUUUUCAGUGUCAAUCAAACUGCAAACCGGUCAUUCAGCUGGGAAGAUGGUAGGCGGUAUCCCGUAUGAGGAUGUAUCCAAACUUGCUAUACAGGACACAUGACAGAGCUGGACACCAACUACAUGAACUUUGAUAACUUUUUUUUUUCAUGUUUUUUUUUUGUUAUAACUUUUAAGAAUGGUUUAGCUGCUCAGAAAAACGGACAACUUAAUGAAUAACAAUAGUUUACCUUUCUACUGUCUGACCAUUCAAUAUCACCCUCUUUUUUGUUAGAAUGGUUUUAAUUAAAAUCAAGAUUAAAGUCACCUGGAAGUGGUAUUUUGUCAAAACAAAGCUUUUGUCACUAAGAUAUGUGUUUUGAUGAGUGGAA